AUGGAGAAUGCUAACCUAUACUUAGGCAAGUACGGAAGCGCAUGCACCUUUUCUCAUGAUAGAGUUUCCAGCAAAUCUCAAGACUGUAGACCAGCGCAGCGCGAUAGGAGAGCUGAUGAAUCCUUGGAGGAACAGCGCGCUAGGGUCAGCUAUAAUUCCUGGAGAAGACUCAUUCGGAGGCUGCCUCAGACAGAUGAUCUUUAUGCCAUGCAAAAUCUGUGGGAUGGGGCUCUUGAAAUAUUGAACGGCGAUGACCGGGAUUGGAAGCAGACUCUUCCAAAAGAUCUGAACAAUGACGACGAUUAUUGCGGUCGGGAUUACAUCCAAGCUCUCUUGAGCAAACGAGCACAGGCCAGUCAGUAUGAUAGGUUUAUCAAAACUUCGCGAUCAUUCCUCCUCGUCAUGACGCAUUCAGCCAUGGUAGACUGCCUGUCGGUUGACACGUACGUUGGAAGCUUAUACAUCUUCAUGUCGGGGGCAAAUGGCACCCGAGCGAUUCCAUUUUUCCAACAUAUCUGCGAGAUCAUUGUGGCUACUCGUACAGAGACUGUUCGAGAAACUCCACUAGAUAGGCUCGAUUCGACUUUGGUUGUUCUCUCAGCUGCCCUCUCAGAAUUACUCCGGCGCGAACCUCGAGCCAGAUACAACGAGAACCUUUCCGAUCUUAUCAAUUCUUUGGAGACUGCCGCUCAGUUGAUGACUGAGGAUGAGUCAACCGUUACGUCUAAUAUAAUCAUCAGUCGGGCUAGAGACCUUCGCGCCGUAGUUGAUCGCGCAUGCGGAUUACUCUCCGAGGAGGCUGACAAUGACCUCGACGCACCCUCGACUUCGGUCCUCCGCUCAACUUACCCCCGUGAUAUCGUCAUGCCUGGAGACCGCCACGAUAAUGAUAAAAUCGACAUUACGAAAAUCAAAAUAUUUCCCACACGAGGGGAGAUAAUGAGUGAUGUGAAAGAAUUCUUACCUUCCACAGAUCCGGAUCAGCCACAUUUCCUUACCAGCAAACUGGAGAGACACAUCGACACUCACUUCCGCCUCCUUCGUCACGAUACGUUCGGCAAGCUAAAAGACUCGCUUGGAGGUUUGAUGAAAGAUAUCAUCAAUGACCCAAAUAAACUCACGAACCCAAGGCCUGAAUUCGGAGACACCCGCACUUAUACCUACUCAAAUCCGUUUGUGAGUUACCUGAUGCUCAACAGCCGCGGAGGACUACAAGCUCGAAUUUCCUUCCUUCAGCCUCAUCCUGCCCGCAGAGGAUCCACAGUGGACAGGCGCAAAUGCACAGAGACAAGAAAUGAUGAUAGCUUGACCCACAGCAAUAAUACGGCAACUAUCACAGUCAAGCUGAUGACACAUGAUCAGGCCGCCGUCGAAGCCCUGCUUGACUUGAGUCGCCAGAAGAUUCGUGGCAUCCUACUCGAAUUUCCUCAUAUCCUCCCAGCUACAUUCAUUCCUGUGCUGGAGAACUUGCAGAACAUGCAACGCCUGAGUCGAUUGCCGUUUCGCGAAUGGAUUCUGCCAGAUCGCGUCGGCGGCCCGUCAGGGGCAAAGCUUGACGUUCCACCGCCACUAUACGCUCGACACGCCGGGUUUGCCUUUCCUCUAAAGUCCAUUCUCAUUUCAGGUGCUAGCACUAUGUCAUUGUGUCCAUCUUUCUCGGGUAACGACCACUUUUCUCUUGCUGAGUUGGAGGAGAAGACCGAGCUCGAUCGUGGGCAAUGUGUGGCUUUGGUCGCAGCGCUUACUCGUGAAUUCGCCUUCAUUCAAGGCCCCCCAGGCACGGGGAAGUCAUACCUUGGAGUUAAGCUGAUGAAGGUUCUCCUAGAUGUAAAGACGAGUGCAAAUCUUGGUCCAAUUGUUGUUGUGUGCUACACGAAUCAUGCGUUGGACCAAUUUCUAGAGCACCUUAUCAAUACGGGUAUCCGGAAGAUCAUUCGUGUUGGCGGUCAAAGUCGCUCCGACUUGCUUGAGAACCACAAUCUCCGGAUCAUCGCGCAGUCCGAAGCAAAGAGCAAACACGAAAGUUGGCAGGCUGCCACAGGCUAUCAGAAAUUAAACGGGUAUGAGGAAAAGUCAAAACGUAUCCUAGGUCGACUACAUGGCAAACCAAAACGGAUCGAGUGGAAGUAUUUUGAGCGUCACAUUGCCGGACAUUACGAUCGCAUAAACGCUCAAUUCAAGACGGUCGAUGAAGAUGGAUUCACAAUUUUUGGUCGGCAUCCCUUUGAUAUUUGGGCUGAUGUGCCCUCUGUUGCAGAGCCCGGAACAGCUUUCACGACGUUAGACAUGGCCAGCAUCAUCCAAAAGGCAGGAACAAAUGUCCAAUCUCUUGCAUACAACGAGAGGGGAAUGCUUAUUAAACUUUGGACCGAAGAAAUUCGGCGGGACGCAGCAGAAGAAUUCUUUGAAAUAAUCAAAGAUGCUGAAGCCACCCAACGUCAUCUUACGAAUGUCCACGAGGAGAUCAACCGACGGGUUCUACAAGGUGCGGACGUCAUCGGCCUCACAACAAGCGGCCUUGCUAAGAAUAUAUCGACCUUGCAACGUGUGCGGUCCAAGGUUGUCAUUUGCGAGGAAGCUGGUGAAGUGAUGGAGCCACACAUUAUAUCCGCACUGCUGCCCACAGUGGAACAUUUCGUUCAGAUCGGCGAUCAUCAACAACUACGUCCGUCCAUCAACAAUUUCCAUGACCUGUCCCUUGAAAGCGAUCAGGGGGUCUUGUAUCAGCUUGAUCGGAGCCAAUUCGAACGACUCUCGGUUGGCGAGCGCGGAAGACCCUCGAUGCCUGUUGCUCAACUGAAUGUUCAGAGACGAAUGCGCCCUGAUGUUUCUACCCUGAUUCGGGAGACGAUAUACGACAAGUUGAUCGAUCAUCCAAGUACGGCGCAACUCCCCGAUGUGGUCGGCAUGCGCAAGAACGUAUUUUGGCUCGACCAUGACAACAUGGAGGACGAAAAGUUGGCAGAAAUACAGCAUAAAAAAUCUAAGUCCAACGACUGGGAAGUCGACAUGGUGCAUGCACUAGUUCGCCAUAUGGUCCGCCAAGGAGUCUAUACCAGCAGUGAUAUCGCGGUAUUGACACCGUACACUGGCCAGCUACAGAAACUACGCACAGCAAUGCGCAAUGACUUCGAGAUUAUCCUCAGCGAUCGGGAUGAAGACGCCUUGAUUAAGGAUGGGUUUACUGCUCAAGAUUCCUCCGAGAACGAAACUGCUGCGGAACAGCACAACAAGAGAAAGCCUCUAGAGAAAAAGAAGUUGAGUGACCUUCUCCGCGUAGCCACUGUCGAUAAUUUCCAGGGUGAAGAAGCCAAGAUCAUUAUUGUCUCUUUAGUUCGAAGCAACAAAAACCAGAAAGUCGGAUUUCUCAAGACCACAAAUCGCAUCAACGUUCUCUUGAGCCGUGCCCAGCAUGGAAUGUACCUCAUUGGCAACACUGAUACUUACUCGAACAUACCAAUGUGGCAAAAAGUUAUUAAUAUGCUACGUGCCAAGAACUCUGUCGGCCCCUCUUUGGACCUCUGCUGCCCUCGACACAUGGCCACUGCGAUUCAGGUCCAACAGCCAGACGACUUUGCUAAGCUUAGUCCUGAAGGUGGUUGUCGCGAAGCCUGUAUGGACCGUCUCCCAGAUUGCGGACACCGAUGUCAGGCGAGGUGUCAUUCCAAAGCUAUGCAUGAAGUUUUCAGUUGUGAACAGCCCUGCCAACGCCGAUAUAAGCCUUGCGAUCAUCCUUGCCAAAAGAAAACCUGUGGCGAGGAUUGCGGGAGAUGCACGGUCGCGUUAGAGAAUAUACAGCUCCCAUGUGGCCAUUUCAAAGAGCGUGUUUUUUGCUACCUGGCACAAAAUCUAAACGCCAUCCAAUGCAACGUUGUCGUCAGUAAGACCGUCCCUAGAUGUGGCCACAUAGUCCAGGUGCAGUGCUCUCAGGAGGUGAACGAGGAAAAAUACCUCUGCCCGGAUCCUUGUGGGACGAUUCUGACCUGUGGCCAUCCUUGUCCGGGUUCAUGUGGUCGUUGCAACAUCAAAGACAGUCUUAUCGCGGAGCACUCCAAAUGCGACAGAAUAUGUGGCAGGCGCUUUGGAACGUGCAAUCACACUUGUCCCAAAACCUGCCAUGAUGGGUCAGAUUGUGGUCUAUGUAUGUCUAGGUGCGAGGUAACAUGCAAACAUUCUCGCUGCACUCUUCGGUGCCACGAAGCAUGCGCACCAUGUAUUGAGCGAUGUACAUGGUCCUGUCCACACCAGGGAGAGUGCACAAUGCCCUGUUCGGCGCCAUGUAACCGUUUUCCAUGUAAUAAGCGCUGCAGUAGGCAGCUUCUUUGCGGUCACCAGUGCCCUGGUAUUUGUGGAGAAGACUGUCUUCCAGAGUAUUGCAAGGAAUGUCGAAUGCAGCUCGAUGCUCAAGUUGACAUGUUGCUGUUCAUGCAGUAUGGGGAGAUUAAUCUAGAUGAGACCCCGGUGAUUGCUCUCGCUUGUGGGCAUUUCUUCACCGCCGAAACCUUGGACGGUAUGAUUGGGUUAAAGGAAGUAUACAAGAUCGACCCUGAAACUAGCAACGUCCUCGGUCUAGAAGACAUUUCUUCCACAAUGGCUCUAGCAAUUCCAAAAUGUCCACACUGUCAACGCCCCAUACGACAAUAUGCAACACAAAGGUAUAAUCGGCUCAUUAAUCGCGCCGUUAUCGACGAGAUGUCAAAGCGAUUCAUUGUCACGGGACAAACAGACUUGCAAGAAAUGGAGAGUAAACUAACCAAAAUUGAGACUGAAUUAGAAGACACUCGUUCAGAUGUCACAGGUGCCAGUAUAGGUUACAUUUCGCCAAAUGCGCACGAUCGGGCCAUCAGAAAUGUCUCACAAAAGCUUCAGAUUCGGUAUAGGACAUCCGCACAACUUCGGGCAGCUGUUAGUCAACUCCAGCGACGCGUGGCUGAACGCCACCAACCUGCGCACAAACUUCAUGAAGCUACAGUCCAUGCUAUGCAGCGGGAUUUACCUCUUGAAAGCGCACUGGGUGCCCUCAAGCUUAAGGAUAUCACGCCGACUGGCGAACGCGAUCACCGCAUCACACUUGGGGCAAAGAUGAUAGAGAUUAAGAUUGACUGUAUUACUAUGGAAGACAAGUUCCGUGUGCUUUCAGCUGCGAAGGCCAAAUAUGGGGAUUCAGCUACUUCUCUAACGUUCUCCGGAAACUCUCCUUUGAUGCUGAUCAAGGGCUUCUUCCAGUCCUGCGAGGAUCUCAUCAACAAAUGCAGCGAGAAGGCCUUGCCGAAACUUGCAGUCGAAGCAUCACUCUACUACGCGCGCAUUGUUCGGCUGUUCGAGACCUCUGGACUUUCUGACCCCAAGGACCGCGAGAUGGCUAUCAAACACCAUGAGAGCGCUAAGACCCUGCUUGAAGGAGCAGAGAAAUUAUGCGAGCAAGGGUUCCAGGCUGCAGACACUCUGUUGCAGGCAGUCAGAGAGUCUCUCAAAUCCCUGCAGAAGGAUUGGUACGAAGAAGUCACAGUCGAGGAGGUCGAGGCGAUCAAGAAAGCAAUGGUUAGUGGGCCGAGAGGAAUUGCCACCCACUCAGGUCACUGGUACAAUUGUGCCAAUGGACAUCCGUUUGCCAUCGGAGAAUGUGGUAUGCCCAUGGAGCUUGCACGUUGCCCGGAGUGUGGGGCAAGGAUUGGUGGACAGCACCAUGAAGCUGUGCAGGGUGUGACCCGUGCGGAGAAUAUGGAGCAUUAGGUGACUAUACAUAUAGGUACACUAGAUACAGGGUUCGUUCCGGUCUAGAUAGAUUUGGUAUAUGAGAUGACGUGUUGUCUUAGUUCCUUGCGUUCUAUUGGUUAUAAUGUAUUUUCAUUUUUCAACCUACGCUUGUGACGCACACGCGAGGCUGAGCCUAGAGGGGCC